GUUUUGCACGUGGAAUAGGCUUUGCUACUUUCAAGUUUUAAGCGUUUAGCAAAUUUCGAGACGUUCUGAGAAACAUUUUUGCCGUUUUUAUUUUGCCUUUGAUUUUGCCCGCAUGGCUUUGUAAAAAAAAGCAGUAGUUGCCCAAAAGCUAGACGAAUCCGACCAUGAUAAAAAUGUGUAAUCGUUCAACGUGAUAAUUAUAUCUGAUUUGUUCGUAGCAAUAAAGUGGGCCGACCAGUAGGCACUAGACAUCAAACAUGAGUGAGCGCACAAAUGCCACCAGCGCCAAGGGGAAGAAGGGAAAAGGAGGCGCCUCGAACGCGGCCAACAGCACCAAGGCAUCCAUCCGACCGCCGCAGCGGAUCACCACCGUUCAGAAGCUGCACAUGAAGCUGCUGGAGGCGGGCAUCGGCGCCGGCGACCGGCGUGGACCGACCGACGCGGCCAUCGCCGCCGGCAUGAGGGCGACGGCGCGGCCGGGCCCCGGCACCGAGCCACCGGACGGCUCCGUGAGCAGGGACUCGAGUCCCGGCAUCGACCUGGUGCCGCCGCCCCAGGAGCCGCCAGCCGAGCCGCCGCCGCCGCCGCCGCCCAAGAAACCGGCCAAACGCACCGCCGCCCAGAUCUUCCGCGAGCUGGCCAGGUGCCGGGUCGAACAGGAGGAGGAACUGAAAAGACUGUCGGCGCUGGAGUUUGUGCCCGUCACAGAAGAGGUUGUGAACAAGAAGGCUGUCGAGCUGGAGGAAAAGGAGGCCCACGACAGGGCGGAAAGGCGCAUGCUGGCACUGCUCACUCUUGAGAACUCCAUAGCCUCCAAGGAAAAGGCGCUGGAACAUAAAAAGAAACUGGGAGAUAAAGCGCUGCAGGAGAAGCGAAACCUGCGCACCGUUCUGGCUGAGCUGAGGGCCCAGGAGCAGACUCUGGCAGAGCACGUGCGGAGGACCGUGGUGGCACUACGGGAGAGGGCCAGGGAGGCGGUCAGCGCGGUCACCCAGCAGAAGGUCACUGACGCUCGCCAGUUUGGGGAGGAGACGCUUUCACUUGUCCGAGAGGCUCAGCAACAGAGGGAAGAGGAGCGUCAGCAGCGGGCGCAGCUGAUUCAGGAGAUCCGUCAGCUGGAGACCACGCCGCUGCCCCGCUUCAAGGAGCUGGACCUCACCGAAACGGCCGGCCACGGACUGCUCGACGAAAUGUCCAUCGUCGAGCUCAGAGAACGACUUGCCCUCCUAAACAUGAGACGAACGGCAGAACUUCGAGAAAAGAACCAGAUGAUUCUCAAAAAGAAAAAGGAACAAGAGCAGCAGAUGGAAUUGGCUGAAGAGAUUUUAGCAAGAUUCCACGAAACGCAAGCACUUGAACGGCAGCAGCAACGUGAGCGGUCAGCCAGGAGGCCGCCUCCAGUCUCCUCCGAGCGGCUCCACCAGCUUCAGAGCGAGCUCGAGAUGAAGCGAGGAGAGCGGCUGAGGAAAGCUGCCGAGCGGCGAGCCGGUCUGCGACCGCAGCGACACCUGGUGGUGCCAACAGCAGCGCCUCCAGCGGCAGUUGUGCGAAGCGCGCCGCCGGGAGUGGGUCGCACGCGGGCGGAGGAGGAGGCGGUGUAUCAAAGGCGGACAAAGAGUGACAGUUGUGUGCGGCUGGGUGCCAGCUCCCAGGGGGUCACCACCGGCACCUCGCAGUCCUAUGGGUGUGUCGCCAGAUAGAUGGGCAAUUGUGGGCUAUAAGCACUGCAACGGAUCGGCGGAAACGGUACAAGCUGAAAAAACAUCGAAAUAUAAUCUACUGUGAUGCUA